AUGGAUAACGGUACUAUAUUCAAAUUUAACAACAACACUACUUCGAUAUGGACUGAUUAUACUGUCGAAUACAAGGUCGCGAGCAUCUUAUUAGUGAUCCUUAUUUGUGGAGUUGGAAUUGUUGGCAACGUUAUGGUCAUUCUUGUGGUCUUAACGACCAAGCACAUGCGUACCCCAACUAACUGUUACUUGGUGAGCCUGGCAGUGGCCGACCUCAUGGUCCUGACGGCAGCGGGGUUGCCCAACAUCACCGAGAGUCUUUUCGGCGGCCAGUGGGUGUACGGAUACGCCGGGUGCCUCUCCAUCACUUAUUUUCAGUACCUGGGUAUCAACGCGUCAUCCUGCUCCAUCACAGCCUUCACCAUUGAGCGCUACAUUGCAAUUUGCCACCCGAUAAAAGCACAGUUUAUGUGCACCCUCUCCAGAGCCAAGAAGAUCAUUGUUCUCGUUUGGGUUUUAACUUCCCUCUAUUGCGUUAUGUGGUUUUAUCUUUCCGACACGACAGAAGUUGUUUUUGACAACGCUGUCAUCGUGACGUGCGCAUACAAAGUAUCCAGAAACAUGUAUUUGCCAAUAUAUUUCACAGACUAUGCGGUGUUUUACGUUAUCCCUCUUUUGCUGGCCACUGUUUUAUACGGAUUUAUCGCAAGAAUUCUUUUCCUCAACCCAUUGCCGUUGGACCCCAAGGAAAGUCGAAGAAACUGGAAAAAGCAGUCGUCCGUGCAUGGGAACUCCAGGAGUUCCUCCAGCACCACGACUGCUGCUUCUCGGAGACAGGUGACAAAGAUGCUGGCAGUGGUGGUGAUUCUCUUUGCUUUGCUGUGGAUGCCCUAUCGGACGCUGGUGGUGGUCAACUCCUUCCUCAAGGACGCCUAUCUGGACACCUGGUUCCUUCUGUUCUGCCGUCUCUGCAUUUACAUGAACAGCGCCAUCAACCCUAUCAUCUACAAUGCCAUGUCGCAGAAGUUUCGCGCCGCCUUCCAAAAACUGUGCCAUUGCGGGCCCCAGCGCUCCGAGAAGCCCCCCACUUACAGCGUGGCCCUCACGUACAGUGUCAUCAAGGAGACCUCCAACGGAGAAAGCCCAGACCACUACACCACAGAGCUGGACGACAUCCGCGGAGCCGCCGAAGAGCUCCUGCCCGAGAGGAAGAGGUUGUCAUGUAAAGAGUCCUCACUAGCUUGUAAAGGCACAUUGGCAAGUGCUUAGCUCCUCAUUGGUUUGUGUUGAUUAGGUUACUUCAUUUGCAGUGUCAGCAGUUUCACAGUGCCUCAGAGUAGCCUGGAGUGGUGGCCACAUGAAAACAGUAUUUUGACAAUCACAGACGUUAAUUAGCAGAUUUAUCAUAACUUUUCAAACUAGAGUUUGCUGAAGACCAAAAUAGGCCCCAUUCCAGUCCUGUGCAGGUGCCGUAACGCUCCUAAAGCAAUCAUGGACAGAUGAUUGAAUGGUUGAUUGAACAUGAAAGGGUGAUAGUAGAUUUGGAUGUGAUUUGUGGACUCAAAGCACUACCACUGUGGUCACUGUGGCAACAACCACAUGCAUCACUGCCAAGACAUCACUCAAGAAAACUUGUUCCAAGAACGGGUGUCAAAUUGAUACUUACACUACACUCUAAACAAAUGGGCAGUUGAUUACUUCUCGGUUUCACUCGUAAGCUCAGUUUUACAAUUGUGACUCAAAUGUAUUCUGCCCAAUUUCUGCCCAAGGAGUGUAAAAUGACCCGAGUCUCAAAUCAUCAUUUUACACCUAACCCUGGCACUAGAUUGAAGGGUGUUGUAGAUUCAAGUCCUGAACUUUAGGAUUUUAGCAAGCCACGAUUGACACCCACUUCCCACAUUUAUCAGUCAAAUACCAGAGUAAACAUGUGUCUGUUGCUUUUUUCACAUAUAUUGUGAAUAGCAUCAUCAGCCGAGGCUGUUUUCUCACAGUGGCAUUGAUUUCCAAGCAGAGCUCAAUUUUAGCAGAUAGUACACUGCAAAAUUAAGGAGAUGAAAAUAAUUUGUCAUUUUAGAUGUUUAUAUCUGUAUCAUGUGCAUCUUUGUGGUAUACUUAAGGGAAGGUAAUUUAACAAUUAUUUUAUAGGUAACAUUUUACAAUAAGGUUUCAAAUUUAGUUAACAUGAACAAAGAAUGAACAAUACUUCUACAGCUUUUAAUCAUCUUAGAUAAUGUUAAUUUUAACUUUUAUUAUAAAUUUGCAUUUGUUAACACUAGUUAAUGCACUUUGGACUAACAUUAACAAAGAUUAAUAAUUAAAUACUGUAACAAAUGUAUUGCUCGAUGUUAGUUCAUGUUACCAAAUGAGACCUUAUUGUAAAGUUUAUGCUGUAAAUACCUUGUUUUAAUCACUUGAAGAAAAAAAAAAAAACGUUUCAGCUGUCUAUCUGUAGUUUUCAGUAGUUGGUUGCUGUAAAAUAACAGUGUGAACAUGGAUUGUAAUGUGAACUUUUAACCUAACAACUAAAAUAUAUUUUCCUCAUAAACACUUUAUAUGAUAAAAUGUACAGCUUUUGUGAUGUAAG